AUGAAUUUCGCUAAGGCAUACAGAGAAGAAAUCACUUUGGCUUACUACUGUUUUAAUGUAGUUAUAACAACGGCCAUCUUUUUGUUUGGAACGAUCUAUUUGAGACGCAGAGAUAGACGGGAUCAACAAAGGAGAGAUUGGCGACAAUUCGCUGAAACUUUCAGAGGACAAUACAGUACACUGGAAUAUAAACAAGUUCUUUCUUGGGUAUCAAAUACGAACGAAACAUUCGAAAAUGUUCUGAUUUGCCCAGAGAUCACCGGCCUAGACGUUCUGAGGUACAUGUUGAAUAAUUCGUACUUCAUGUCUCGUUCCUCUAGAAACAGCGCGUUGUACAAACUUAGGAAAGACCUAAACAGCAUCUUUCAGCUGCUAAAUACUUGCGCCUCUUUCAUACUGUUGGAACCUGUCCCUAUAAGCAAUAUGAGAGCAGAGCUUGGAGAACUGGUCACUGAACUGGGACAGGUGACAUUGCCAUUUUUCACAGGGGACCAGCGUCAGACAGUUUUAAAAUGCCUUAAACAUUUUAGCAGAGAUGGAGAGAUUGAAACCGAAAAAGAGCUGAGAGAUAUUAAUCUGACAACGAUUAAAGAAAUGGUUCCAUAUAUAGAAUACUUGAGCUUUGACAAUCAAGUUGGUCGACAUCAACGGAGCACACAUUAUUCAAAGAUCAAUAAAUUUCAAUUUGAAUUUGAUCCAGGGUUUGAUCAAGAUCAUCCAUUAAGCUUCCUGAAAGUAAUACAAGAAGACCUGCAAGAUGAAAAGUACUUAUCAGAUUUUGCGAGAGAAUCUCAGGAACUUUUGAGUAAUACUCGAUACAUUGACCAGGUCGACUCAGAUAAUGAGAGAUUGGUAGUUAUGAAAGUGCUACACCAGGUACGUAUGGACAUUCAUUCUUUGUUGAAGAAAGAAGGAAUUGAUGAAGCAUUUUUUAGUAAUAGUGUAGUGUCACUUAGGGAAGUAUAUAAACGUGUAACAAGGUUAAAACCAGAUAAGGAAAUUCUUAAAGCUACUUGUGAACAAUUCAUAGAUGGUCUUACCCUACUGAAGGACAGCGGCCAU